UUAUGAUUAUUAAUAUGUAUAUUUUGGCGUUUUUCUGAUCAUUUUCAGGUGGAUUAAGUUGCGUGUUUUUAUUCCGUUGUCUCAGUGAAAGACGAGUGCAGCGAACAUUAGAAGAAGUGCGGCUGCAUGUUAUGUGCUGACAUGAAAACAUGCAAAUAAUCAGGACUUCAAACAGUAAAGUAUCCUUAAAAACAUGCUACGUGACUUCAACUGAUCAUGUGUGGUCUGCUUCAGGUAGAGCUCUGUGCUGUACGCCAACACCACCUCCACCUCUCCUCCAAUUAGCCCUGCGGGACGAAAGGAUGAGACGAAGGAGGGGUUGGUGCCCGGGCAGACGGCUAUGUUCUUUAAACGCCUUUUCUUAGGCCCGACAAUAUGGUGUGUGCCACUAAACUCUCCUGACGGAAUUUAAUGUAAUUAUCGGAUUACAGCGCUGGAGCUCUGAAGCUGGAAAUAUUUACUACAGUCCCGACGACGGGACGUGUUUUCAUGCACUGCCAGGUCGCGGGUUGGUUAGACUGGGUCUCACAGCGUCCUUAAACCUUUCGUUUUGAUACCAUAAAUUAAUCUGUUGGUUAUUGACGAAGGGGGUUUGGCGUGGAGGAGUGGAGCGCAUUACGCACAGCCGAGACGCACAAGUGGAGAUGACAACGGCAAAGUCGGACUGGAUUUAGUGAUAUCUUUCUAAAAACUGGGGUUUUGACACUUUCCCAGAGGCUCUUAAGACAAAAGCCAGCCAUCUUGUCCAAAAAGCGGCACCUUUUCUGUUAUGUCUGUCUCCUCUCUGCCCGAAUGGAAGCAACUCCUGCUGGAGAGAAAAAGGAGAGAGGAGGAGGAGCGAGAGAGGAGAGAGAAACAGGAGGAGGAGAAGUUGGCCAGCAUGCCUGCCUGGAAGCGAGGGAUCAUCCAGAGGAGAAAGGCAAAGCAGGACAGUUUGGGUGACAGAGAAAAGGAGAAAGAUGUCUGCCUGCUUCAGGUGGAUGUCAGAUCUCCUUCUGAUGGUCUGAGUGACACGGACAGCUCGGUAACAGUCAAUAUGGGGAGCGAACUGUCACUUAGUCCAGAUCCUGGGCAAUGGCUGGAUGCAGAGGUCAAACCAGUGAGUCAGGUGUCUGUAGAAACUAUAGUUCCUGUCCACGAAAACCCAUUUAUUCGCACUCAGAGUUCAUGGAGGAAGGGCAAGGAUGCAGAAGUAGGGAAUGAGCCAGAAGCUAAGGAGAGGGAGAAAGACAAACUGAGCCCCAGGAGUCAAGAUGGGGAGUCAGGAAGAGGAAGAGAUAUAGGGCUGAAAAUAGAGAGAUUCAAAGAUUUAAGUGAGGGACAGGAAAAAGAGAGGGGUAGGGAUAGAAGUCAAGGAAGAGAAAGCAAAGGGGUUUGGGAAAAAGAUAAAAGUCAAUGGAAAGAGCCUGUUAAGGAUGCAGUCAGGGAGCGCGAAUUCCUCAAAGUAGGAAAAGACGAGGAGGAAAAAGAAACAGAUCCACCGUCUAGUUCGUUUUCUCCCCUCGUCCCUUGUCUUCGAACUAUCCGAGCCGACAAUAUCAUCAUCAUCGAGCAGGACAGGAAAAGCAGCGACGAGAGAAGGAGCAGAUGGAGGGAGACCGAGAAGGAGAGGCCCGAGGAGGACCACCAGGCUAAGAGAGGGAUGAAGAUGGACCUGAGGGAAAUUCUGGCUGGAGGAGGAAGCGUCACUGAGAUCCGAGCCUCUGAGGUUCUGAUCAUAAAGCCUUCCGCAAACCCCGAAGAGAGGAAUCCAACAGGAGGAGGAGGAAGCGGGAAAGGUUUGAAUAGAGAGGAUGGAGAGAUGAAAGGCCACAUGGAUGGAAGGCGUGAGACUGUGGGCAGGGAGCUAAGAACAGACCUAUCUUGGCUAAGAGAAAAGGAGAAAGAGAGACCAUGGGGCCAGGCUACAGUUAUUAAAGAAGACCGAAAGGACAGCUUGGAUGAUAAUGUGUUUGUUGACAGAGGAGGGAGGGUCAGUCAGCUCCUGAGUAAAUUCGGAGAGCACCCCAAGCUUCCAUCUCGAUCCAAAAGCUCUGAUAAUUUUCUCCGGUCUGGGAGGAGAAAAUAUUCAAACGAUGAAGAUGACCACCGAUCUGAGGCAGACUGGAGAAACAUGCUAUUGAAAGGUGUGCCGAAACGUUCAUUUAGCUUUUCUGACCGUGUCAUCUGUGCCAAGGAGAAUGGUUUAGCUGAUGACGAGUAUUAUGGGAGGGAAAUGCGUGAAAGGACACAUUCAGAAAAGAGUGUGGGGAAGGAAACCUCAGCUAGGAUCAAACUUGGGUGCGCACGACUUUUAGAUAAAGACAGGUUUGCAAAGCGUAGAGAGAGACAUUUUAAAAAUGAGGAUGAAAAGGGGGAGGGCACCCAGAGGAGAAAUGAGGCAGAAAUCACGAUCCAACACAAGAGUGAAGUUAAGAAAUUCGAACCCGUUGACAUAAGGGCUGCGGAAAAGGCGAGUGAUGCAGAUGGAGACGAGGGGUUCACUGUGGCAUCGGUCAAAAACACAGAGGGAAUCUCGUUUGCUAGGAGAGUACCAAUCAGGCAGGACGGGAAAGCGAGAGCUGAAAGAGAAGUGAAGCGACUGACGGGGGAGAAAGGUUUAGAGAGGGAGCUGAGUGUAGACAAAGAUUUAGAGGCGGGGGGACAGGCUGAGGCACAAGUUUCAAACAAAAAGGUGUCUGACUUUCAGAGAGAGGAGAGACUUGAGAGCACAAUCUCACCUGAGAGUUGUGUCGUCGCUGUGACAGCAGAGCUUGCCAGCCCGUGUCACGCUGCUGAAAGUCAGUACAGACAUGAAUCAGCUUUCACAGAGUGCUCCAGUCUACUCUGUACUGUCACAGAUAAGGUUCAAGACCCCCAUAGAGGACCAGAGUGGAGUAGCAUAGGACCUCGAGGACCUAACCUAACACACACUGUUUUGUCCCAACACACGGAGGAUCUUAUGAGUAACGUACAAAAAAUAGGAGAGACAACUGUUUAUGACAACGGGAAAGGAGAAAGGCUUUACAGGGAUGCUUAUGAAGUGACCCAAGAGAGCAAAGAGGAGGUGCAAAUUUACAGCGAUACUGAAUCAGAGACCCUCAUAUAUGAUGUAAGCCCGAAAUCCCCCAAAAGAAAUGCUGGGAUUCCUCCAGGUCCCCUGGAGAUUCAAAUUCCCACAACUGUGUUUUACGUUGCCGAAGAAAUGGUGGAGAAAAAAAAAGCCAGAGAUCAAAGUAACAAGGGGCAAGACUGGGAAGAAGGUAAGGGGGUUGAGAGGAGGGAUAGCUGGAGGAUUGGAAAACCCCUGAGCCGCAUUGAGUCCUUGCGAGAGAAAAUCAGACAAAGAGAGCUGGAGCGGCUGAAACAAAUAGAGUCACAAGAUGGAGGUGCGAGAGAAAGUGCAGAGAUAAACACCACUCAGACAGCUGAGCACAGGCAUGACGAGAGGGGAAGUGAAAUAGAGAAAGAAUGGGAAGCUGCAGUUCAUAUGCGGAAGAGGUUGGUCGAAGUGAGGGGACAGGAAGACGAGGCAGAGCAGACAUCCAUGACUGCUUCUGACGUCACGCCGGAAGUCAGCGUGUUGAAAACCUGCUCUGAGCUUCCUGCUUCUGUCCAAGUCUCACAAGUUGACAGAGGAGAGGAAGUAACAAGUGGGUACGCCACCGCUCCCUCUGAAGCUAUCUCUGAUAGCUUUCAGGUAUCUGAGGAUAAAGAUGAGCCUGUGAAUCAUGUGGAAGAACAGCUGAAGCACUACGAGAACAGCGAAGAACGGGAGAAGGAGGAAGAGGAGCUCUCCGAGGAGGGAUUAGAGGAAUAUACACCGCCUCUCGAUCCGGUGCAAUCUCUUUCGCCUUCGCCACCUCAUCCCAACUCCCUCACAGCCAUGAGCUCGAUCUACAACUUGGAUAUAAUUGGCUCGAGGUCAGGCUUGUCUCUGAGGGAGAGGACUGCAGAUAUCCCAUCAGUACGCCUUGUUAAAGCACAGCCCCUUGUGCCAGGCCCAGAGCAGGACAACACCAGCGCAGUCCCAGGUGAAGACAUUUGUGUAGUUCAGUCGUUACGACGACAUUUAAACCAGCUUCAGCUGAAACGGCAGGAAAGGUUGUCCAGCACUUCUCCUCUGGACAGAGAGACCAAGGGGCAGCAGAGCCCUGAAGGACUUUUAAAAUGCAGAGUAAAGGAUGAUGCCAAGACGCAGGAGAAAGAUCAAGAAAUGUGUAAUCCCAAAGUGUCUCCUCAGACUGGUCAUCCGCUAACAUCUCAGCUCAAAGAGGUCAACCAUGUUGUCACCAUCAACAAGAUUAAGAAACUCUUUAAUCAUGCUCCGACCCCAGCCUCGUCCCCGAGCUCCCAAUCUCCCGCCCAGUCUCCUAACGCCUCUCCUUCUCCCACCCCAUCGCCCACACUAUUCUCCAUCAGGAGUGCCUCUGGCGGUGUAGUUAAGAGAGGUGCCACUAUCACAAUAACUCCAAGAAAGCCUGCUGGAGAGGGAGGAGGAGGAGGGGGAGGAGGAGGAGUGACGGGUUCUACAACAGGGUCUACAACAGGGUCUACAGCAGGGUCUACAACAGGGUCUACGGCGGGGUCUACAACGGGAUCCACAGCUGCAGGGUUGACUCCAGAAAAGACAUCGUCACAGCAGACACAGACGGCCUCCGCUGGGGUCGAGCCAGCGAAGAAGAAGUACCCCACAGUGGAUGAGAUUGAGGUGAUUGGUGGAUACCAGAAUCAGCAGAAGUCCUGUCUGAUCAAGAACAGAGGGACUCCGAAAAAGGCAAAGGUGUGUUUCAACGAGGAGAAUCUAGAGCAGGUGUGUGAGUACCCUUCAGAGACCUCCAUGCUGACUAAUUCCCCCUACCCUCAUGACUGGUGGAGGCAGCAGGGAGCGGAGGCGAAGGAGGACGAGGAUGAGGAUGAACCAGAGGGAGGACUGAUCAUGUCCAAAUCACAAAAAGCUCGGGGAUUGCAAUUUGACAAGGUCUAAGAAUGGGUCAGUGCCGCCCCCUUCUCAAAAAAGCACAACAUGUGAUGAGUCUUCCCCUCCGUAGAAGCCAGUCACCUCGCCAAAUUUGCCCGUGUGAUCAGACCAUCAAUGUUUUGUUGAACGAUAUCAUGCAAUUUUUAUUGUGUUUUGUUGCAUUUGAAUUAUUUUGGAUUGCGUGCUGUGAAGUGAGUAUUUGUAAUCCCUAUGGAGGUUUGUUUUGACCAUAGCAUCAGGAUGAAUGAAAAUGUGCAGUACAGUUUGGUUGAAAAAAGGGAACAUAAUUGUCUUUACUGGAGAAAAUAUGACUUAGUUUUAUUUUCAAUGAAUCUGAGGGGAAAAUAUGAAUGUAUAAGUGCGGUACAUAUUAUGAAAGACCCUCAGGAAUGCGCUGAAGGAUCACUUGUCUAUGCAAUAAAAUUAAACUCAGAUUUUAUUUUUUAGUUCAUAUAUUUGAUAGAUUCUUUUAUGUUAAAUACUUAAAUUUGUAAAUUUAAGUCAGCAUUGCCUCAGCACAGAAGAGUGAUGUUUAUAUCAUCUGGUUUCAUGUGCCUGCUGGAUUUGCCCAUAUAUAUGACAUGACGAUCAAUUUAUAUAGAUAUUUGUAUAUUUAUAUGUAACAAUUAUAUUUUCUUGUCUGCAGCCUUUUGCAAAAACCUCCUCUCAGCGGGUGUUGUGUUGAACGUUGCAGGAACAGGGAUGGUGCAAUGUGACGAUGUUUAGAUGUCUGGUUUGUGGGGUUUAAUUGAGCCUUACUGUUCACGGUGACAGCUAUGGUAACAGUUCAGCUAAUGUCUGUGGAUAUAAAUAAAGGUAUUAUUUUGUUAUUUUUUUUCGUGUGGAGGUGGAGGGAGAGCUGUGUGUGUGAAAGUCCCUGAGAGGAAGAAGAGCUGAGAAAACAAACUAUUUAAGUAACAGAUAAAGGUGGCCAAAAGUGAUCUGCUAUCUGAUUUUUGGCUGUAUUAAAGUUUAAUACAAUACUUGUACUUCUUAUUUGUAAAUUCAUACGUCAAUUGGUUAAAAAAGAUGCAAAUUCUUUGCAAGCAAUUUUUUUCUAUGAAAGUUGAAGAAGCUGGCUUCAAGAGAAAAAAUGUAAUAAAUGUCUCUGAAAAAGG